AUGCGUGACCAAUCAGAACCAUUACUAAAGCCAAAAAGAGCAAUAACACUUGAUGAAACAAUAGAAAGUUGCAUAGGAGAAUUUGGAUGGGCACAAUUCUUACAAUCCAUUGUCAUAUCUCUAUCAUGGGUUUUCGAUGCUCAGCAAACAUUCAUUAGUAUCUUUACCGACACGUUGGCCGUUUCUGAAUGGUCGUUAAUAGGUGCGAGUUCAAUUCUCACUUGCCUUCCGGCGUCUUCGUUUUUCAUAGGUUGUCUUAUCGGAGGUUUCCUUCUUUCUACCUUAGCUGACACAAAACUUGGUCGAAAAAACAUGUUGGUUUUAUCAUGUUUUAGUAUGUCUAUUACCGGAGCCAUAGCAUCAAUUUCUACAAAUAUUUGGAUGUAUUCAUUUUUAAGGUUUUUAACUGGUUUUGGAGGAGCUGCAAUAGGAACUUGUGCACUUGUUUUGUCAACGGAAUUAGUGGGAAGUCAAUGGCGUGGACAAGUUGGAAUUAUUGGUUUUUAUUGUUUUACUAUUGGAUUUCUUUCUUUACCACUUAUAGCUUUUGUGAAUAGAGAUUCUACUUGGAGAGUUUUAUACCUUUGGACUUGUCUUCCUACAAUCUUUUACUCAAUAUUGGUUCAUUUCUUUGUUCGUGAAUCACCAAGAUGGCUUUACGUACGAGGAAACAAAGAAGAAUUUGUCCUAACUUUGAAAAUCCUAACAGCAAGAAGUAGCUUUAACUUUAAGCUUCUUUGGCCCCUUCAUUGAUUUUGAAGAUCAAGAACACAAUAACUCAGAGUCAAAAAUCAGUCUGUACUCGGCUAUCAUGAUGUUGGUAUAAUAGAGUUGGGUUUUCAAGAGACUAAUAUCAGUUAUGCA